GUAUGCAACAUCGAGUGUGUCAACUUCACCGACGAUUUACUUAAAAGACUUGUUACGGUUAAUUCGUAAUUAUACAACGAUCACAAACAUUUCGAUCGUGACGUGUGUACAAGUUUUUACAGUUUUUAGUGGCAUUGCACGCGAAGAACGUUAAUAUCUUAUCAGUGUUUGUAUACGAGUAAUGAUAGCAUUCGGUUCAGGUUAUGCCAUGGUCGUAUCACAUAGGAAAAGCUUGAUUCAUUCUGCGUGCAUAUGGCAGUGAUUUAAUUUGAUAUGACAAUAAUUUACCCGUGUUUAACGUCUAAAUAAUAUACAUAAUUACUUGGUAAUUUGAGUCCCGUGUCCGGCAACAAACAUGGCAGCGACAGAUGAUACAAAUCUCGAUUUCAAAGUUACGAUGGAAUAUGCUGAUCCGCAGAGUAUCGAGGGUGAAAUGACAGUAGGACCCAAACAGAAAUCAAACCUCGGGGAACCUGAAUUUAAUACUUUAGACGAACCAAUCAGAGAUACAAUUCUCAGAGAUGUUCGAGCAGUGUGUAAAAAGUUUUAUCAUGUUUUAUAUCCCAAAGAGAAGAAAAGUUUAUUAAAAGAAUGGGAUCUUUGGGGACCGUUAGUAUUAUGCACAUUCAUGGCAAUGAUAUUACAAGGUUCUUCCGAUGCAGCAGAUAAUUCAAACGACGGCGGACCAGAAUUUGCAGAGGUUUUUGUAAUUGUAUGGAUUGGAUCUAUGGUUGUUACGUUAAACUCCAAACUAUUGGGUGGCAAUAUAUCCUUCUUCCAAAGUAUUUGCGUCUUAGGAUACUGCUUGCUACCAACUGCCAUUGCUCUAAUUUUAUGUAGAAUUAUAUUAAUGGCAGACCAGACUACUUUCCUAUUCAGUCUAAGGUUCAUAAUUUCUAUGGUCGGAUUCGCAUGGGCAACAUACGCAUCGAUGGCAUUUCUUGGCGACAGUCAACCCGUAGGGAGGAAAGCUCUAGCCGUGUAUCCGAUAUUUUUAUUCUAUUUUGUAAUUUCAUGGUUGGUUAUAUCUCAUACUACAUAAAAUGAAAUAUAUAACAUUUCCAAUAAGAA